GUCCAUAGCAAGGGAAAUGUGUGCGAUAAGACUCAGCUUUUACUGGAGAGAUUAAAGAUGGUGGAAGCAGAGAACAGCUCUUUUGACUUGGAGAAUGAACAACAAAGACAGCUGAAUGAGAAAAGUCAUGAUGAGAUUGGCAGUCAGCUUGUCCAGGCAUAG